UUAUUGUUAAAUAGAUCAUUAUUCGAAAUGAAAUCAUUUAUACAUGUGCGGAAUGUGUACACGGAAAUUCAGUUAAGGUUAGUCAUACUCGAAAUACAUUGCUGCAUUGAUGCCAACAUGACAACGUCUGGAGAUUUUUUUUCAAGUUUCAUUGUUAGUAAACGUCGCGUUGUGGUGUUGAUUAAGGAUAGUAUUUACAUAAUAUAAUAUAAUAUAAUAUAAUAUAAUAUAAUUAAAAAUAAUGGAAAAAGUUUCACGUAGACGUAAUAUUGAAAAAUCGAAGAAAGAUACAAGACAUAAAAGUAGGAAUAAAAGUUCUGAUAAGAAAUGCAAUAGUGAUGUUGAACAUCAUUCACAAAAUUCUAAAUCUCAUAGAAAUUCGAAAAAAUCUAAUACUAAAAAAAAGAAAUCUAAAGAUGUUCGAAAUUUAUCGAAAUCUCGUGAAUCACGGAAAAAAUCAUCCAAGCAUAAAAGCAGAAGAAGAUCAUCCUCGUCCUCUUCUUCGUCAUCUUCGUCAUCUUCGUCGUCCUCUUCUUCCACUUCGUCAUCUCAGUCGAGUGAAUCAAACAAUUCUUCUUCUUCUUCCUCUUCGAAUACCUCAUCUGACUCAACGAAACUAUUAGAAAAAUUACAACGGCAACGUCAAAAACAAAUAGAAGAACGUAAACGUCAGAAGGAAUUAAUGAAAGCUGCUGAAACACCAGAGGAGAAAAGAAUAAGACGUUUGAAAAAGAAAGAAGCUAAGGAAAGAAAGCGUAAAGAAAGAAUGGGUUGGGACAACGAUUACUUGCAUUAUACAAAUACAGAUAAUCCAUUCGGAGAUGGAAAUUUACUAUCAACAUUUGUAUGGUCCAAGAAGUUAGAAAAGGAAGGUUUACUUGGUGUUAGCAGAGAAGAACUUGAAACUAGAAAUAGGCAUAAACAAGAAGAAAAUAGAAAAGAAUUGGAGAAAGUUAAAAAAAGAAGGCAAGAAAGAGAAUUGGAGAGACAACAAAGAGAAGAAGAAAUGACGCUGUUGCAAAGAGGAAAAGAAGCUGCGCAAUUAGAACAGUGGGCGAGACAAGAAGAUCAAUUCCAUCUUGAACAAGCAAGAUUAAGAUCACGUAUUAGAAUUCAGGAUGGUCGUGCUAAACCGAUAGAUCUUCUCGCAAAGUAUAUCAGUGCGGAAGAAGAAGUCGAUGCUGUGGAAAUGCAUGAACCGUAUACGUAUUUAAGAGGACUACAUGUUAAAGACUUGGAAGAUCUUAUUGAGGACAUUAAAGUGUAUAAAGAAUUAGAAAGAGGAAAAAAUUUAGAUUAUUGGAAUGAUAUAACUGUUAUUGUUGAAGAUGAAUUACAUAAAUUGCGUAAAUUAGAAAGAUCGGAAUAUGAAGUAGCUGUUGGUAGAAGAGAAGGAAUUCAUUCGUCAGUGGCAAAAGAUGUUACUGCUAUUUUUAAAGGAAAAACAGCAGCUCAGCUAGAAUCGCUGCAAUUACAGAUUGAAUCGAAAAUAACCGGGAAACCAGAAGGCGUUGAUAUCGGUUACUGGGAAAGUCUGUUGUCACAAUUAAAAGCUCAUAUGGCAAGAGCUAGACUAAGGGAUCGACAUCAAGAGAAUUUACGUAAAAAAUUGGAAGUCUUGAUUGCUGAACAGGGUGUAGCUAGAACAGAAAGUGAAGCAGAAGGAUCUCAAGUACCAAGCGAGCAUUCAACAAAACAGGAAGAACCUACUACGAGUAAUAUCGAAAAAAGUGAAGAAAGUCAAUCAGAGGACGAACAAGAAAAUGGGAAUGCAGCAGAUGAUAUGUUAUCUGAAUCAUUUUGUGAAUAUGAAACAGGUGGCUAUUCACCAAAAUAUAUACCUUACUCUCAACUGGAACCAGGAACUUUAGUUACUUUAGAAGAGGAUGAUAAUCAACGUUUAGAAUAUGCUAGAAAUCAAGUACUGAGUACUGGACGUAAAGUUCAAAAUGUAAUGACCGUAGAAGAACAAGCGAUGCACAGAGAAGCAAGGAAAAAUAUGGGUUCGGAUGAGGCACAAUUUAGUGUAGAGUCAUCGUUGGAAGCACAAAUUUAUUUAUGGUCUGAUAAAUAUAGGCCUAGGAAACCAAGAUACUUUAACAGAGUUCACACAGGUUUCGAAUGGAAUAAAUAUAAUCAAACGCAUUAUGACAUGGACAAUCCACCACCGAAAAUUGUACAAGGAUACAAGUUCAAUAUAUUUUAUCCUGAUCUCAUAGACAAGCACACAACACCGGAAUAUUUCUUGACUCCGUGUGCCGAUAAUAAAGACUUUGCUAUUUUACGAUUCCACGCUGGUCCUCCUUACGAAGAUAUCGCGUUUAAGAUUGUAAAUAGGGAAUGGGAGUAUUCAUAUAAAAGAGGCUUUAGGUGUCAAUUCCAUAAUAAUAUUUUUCAAUUAUGGUUUCACUUCAAACGAUACAGAUAUCGUCGAUAAUAUGUCAGCAUUUUAUAUUGGGUUUUUUUUUUUUUGUAAAUGGACGUGUAAUAUACAAAUUAUACCAUAAUUUAAG